AUGGCUACGCCGGCAGUGCACCACCUCCCCCAGGCCGGGAAUUCCGUCGGCAUCUUCCCGCAAUUGACGGCACGCCAGAACGAGACCCUUGUCCUGAAGGAGAAGAUGCUGUCUCUUACUGGUGACAGCUUCGACAUCAAGCUCACAAAUGGCCAGCCUAUCCUUCGUGUGCAGGGCAAAGCAUUGUCUAUUUCGGGACGCAAGUCUGUUUAUGAUAUGUCGGGAAACCACCUCUUCGAUAUCGUCAAGGAGCAUCUCCAUCUCCACACUACCUUUGCGGCACAAGACCCGAAGGGUAACAAGAUUAUGGAAGUGAAGAAUAGCUUUGCGCUCAUCGGAUCAAAGGCGACAGCGACCUUUGUAUCCCCGCACACCGGCAAAAGCGAAUCUCUUGAGAUGAAGGGCAAUUGGCUAUCGACCCAAGCCGACAUUGUUGACACAAGCACCGGCCAAGUGCUUGGUAGGAUUGAUAGAAACAUGAUGCGGGCGCGCGACUUCCUCGGAGGCAAGCAAACGUACGCUCUCACUGUCGCACCGGGCGUUGAUAUGGCCCUCAUGUGUGCCCUUUGCAUCUGCUUGGAUGAGAAGAAGAACGACCAGAGUGGUUAG